GUGGAGGAUUGAUGGGAGAGAUGGCCACGUAAACUGGUUUUGCUUCACUAAACUGCAACAAAGCCCAAUCCACAUCUCAUCUGAACUUUCCAAUCCAAUCCAAUCCAAUCCUCCUCCAAACCAAACACGGGCAAUCCAUGAAUGAAACUACAAUUCUAUACACAAAAUAUGGCCAAUCGUUUGGGACUUUCUCAGCGGAACCUGCCGGCUUUGGCGGGUCUCUACGUUCAAUCUUCUUCUCCUCCUUCAACUUCUUCUCCAUUUUCUUCUUCUAAUUGCCGGAGAAUCCCACUGAAGAAGAAGGCUUCUCGCCGCCGGGUGGCGUUGGGCAUUGGAGCGGCGUUUUGGGCUCAGUUUAUGAAUAUGGCUGGUAUCAGUGGUGGCAACUGCAAAUCUUUCAUUGCUUCUGCCAGGCAAAAGGGCGCGGUUGAAGAGGUAUUGAAGAAUGUUGAAUGGCCAGAGCAAUUUCCAUUCAAAGAAGAGGAUUUCCAACGUUUUGAUGAGUCCCAAGAUACAUUGUUCUAUGAAUCUCCUCGCUUUGUUACACACAUAGAUGAUCCGGCCAUUUCUGCUCUUACAAAGUACUAUUCCGAGGUUUUUCCUCCUAGUAAUACUCCAGGGGUUGCUAUUCUUGAUAUGUGCAGUAGUUGGGUCAGUCAUUUCCCUGCAGGAUAUAAGCAAGAUCGGGUAGUGGGAAUGGGCAUGAACGAGGAAGAGCUCAAGAGAAAUCCAGUUCUGACAGAAUACAUUGUUCAAGACUUGAAUGUAAACCCUAAACUUCCUUUUCAAGAUGAUUCCUUCGAUGUUAUCACGAAUGUGGUUAGUGUUGACUACUUGACAAAGCCUAUGGAUGUUUUCAAGGAGAUGUGCCGGGUCCUCAAGCCUGGAGGCCAGUCUAUAAUUAGCUUCUCAAAUCGAUGCUUCUGGACAAAGGCAAUCUCAAUAUGGACAUCGACUGGCGAUGCUGACCAUGCUUUGAUAAUUGGAUCAUACUUCCAUUAUGCUGGAGGGUUUGAACCUCCUCAGGCUGUGGAUAUAUCUCCUAAUCCCGGACGCUCGGAUCCGAUGUACAUCGUGCAUUCCCGGAAACUAGCUACAGCCUGAAGCUAGAGCUACGCCUAACACUUUUUGACAGGUGCCCAUUUUUAACAUUUUUGAGAUGUAUCGAUCAAACUUUCCCAUUGCUGUAUUAAAGAGACAGCCUGUCCCUUAGAGAUGUUGAAAUGUAUUAAAAGAUGUUUUAUC